UGUAGGCUAGGUCUCAAUAUCUUGUGUCCCUUUCGAUUUGCCGAGCCACCGCGGCAGCAACAAACGAAUACCGCAGCUUUUUUUCUGAAAACCUUGCGCCCAAACCGCGCGCACGCUCGCAGAGUUCACAGUGGCAGUUCCUAAAGCGACCGAGCAUUAUCCCUUCCCUUGCGCAGGCCCGCGCGCACGGCCUAUUUCUUGCCGUGGCCGCCGCGCAGCCAUGGCAAAAGGAUUCCGUUGUCCGUGUGCCAGGACACGGGGAGGGCGUACUACUCAUGAGCAGCGGCGGCACGAUCCCGUUCUCCGCCGCGACGAGUCCCGCCGCGGGCCCUGACGACGACGUCGAGUGCCGGGCCUGCUACGGCGUCGUGGUGGCCUGCGUGUCGCUGCUCCUCUUCUGCGUCGUCGCGGCCACGGCCGGCGUCCUCAAGGCCGGCGUCGUCACCGGCACCGCCGUGCUGUUCUUCGGCGUGAUCGGCUGGCUGGUGCCCGCCGGCGCCUCGACGCGGCGGCCAUACGCGUUCGCGUACGAGUGUGGCCCCGCCGACGCCGAGGGCGGCGGCAAGCCGGGGGGCGGCGCGCUGUGCGCGGUGUGCCUGGAGGACGUGCGGCGCGGCGAGGCGGUGCGGCGGCUGCCGGCGUGCGGGCACCUGUUCCACAAGGACUGCGUCGACACGUGGCUGCACGCGCACACGACGUGCCCGCUCUGCCGGUGCGACCUCGUGCUGCGGAAAGGCGCCGCAACGACCGUGACGGCGGCGGCGGCGGCGCAGUCGUCGCGUGACGUGUUGCCGCCGGUUUAGUUUUCCAUGGCCGGAUUUCAAGAGUGGUUUUCCAACAGAAAACGUUGCCCUGCCCAUAAUUGCGCGGGCCACAUUGUUUGUCUAUUAUGAAUGAUUUGUAUACUCUUAUUAUGUGGGUACAUUGUUCAGAUA